AUGCCCCGUGCCAGCCGUAAGGGUCUCACAGGAGAAGAGCUCCACAAUGUCAUCAAUGACCUCAAUGGCAAGGACCAGUACAACGGUACCUUGCACCAGUUAAUCAAGGACGCGCUCAAGAACCGCGGCGCGUGCUCGAUGAAGGCGAAGGUCGUGGGAGGAGGAGACAACAACCGGCCUCUCCCCCAGCUCAACAGCGGCGGGUACGCCGUCAACGAAAACGAGUCUCGGCUCUGGGAGGCUUUCCGCAUGGUUGCUCCUGACAGGUUCCUUCUCCAUCACGAGCCCUGCGACUGCUGCCUUCGCGACGGCAAUGAAAACUGCGUCUACGACGCAGACAAUCAUAAGCAGACUUGCGGCUUGUGCACCAAACGCCGCAAGCAGUGCUCAAACCAGACUCCGAACGUUGACAAUGUUCGCAGUCAGGCAUUCAGUGCCGCCGCUGCAUUUGGAGUUGGUGCCCAGCCCGCAGGUGCCAACUUCAUGGGCAGCAUUCAGGAUCUUUUCGACCACCCAACCCGCCGUGGCGCCGCUGCCGGCUCUCGCAGCGGCCAGGGAGGAGGCAAUGGGGACGGAGAUGGCGGCGGCAGUGGAGGUGGCGGCUCUGGCAGCGGCGGCCGCAGCGGGGGACGCACUGGCGGUAGUGGUGGCGGCGGCCGUGCUGGGGGGCGUGGUGGUGGCGGCGUCGCCAGUGGUAGCGGCGGCGGCAGUGGUGCGAUCUAG